UCCUUGCAGUGAGAGCAAGUAGGUGGAAUCCAUGGAUAAGUUACCAGCACCUCAACAACUUCACCCGACUGGCGUGUGAACUCCACCACACUUGGAAGCGGUUUUGUGAGGUCGACAGCAACCUUUAGAUGAGACAUGGUGAGACUGACCAAAUUGAGAGUGAAAUCAUCAGUUUCUUUGGGUUCUCCCACCAAGCCAGCUACAAGACUCAGUCCUUGUUGGUGGCGACGGUCUAGAGGUACGCUUUGCAGAUGAGCUCAAAUUUGGAUAGAUUCAAGGGGAGGAGAGGAUGUGGAGGCUGAAGAUGUCCAUUGAACAGCCUGAAACAUGGAAUCGCCAACAUACCAAACCCGUUUCUCAAAGAUUUUUUGUCUUAGGUAGUCAGACAAAAUUCUCACCAACAUUGAGCGGCUUAAAGGGUUAGUAUGGAUUUCAACUCGAAUGCCUUUUCCCCACAGGUGGUUUAAGACAUUUUGCACAUGGUUGAAAGGUGGUGGUCUGCCAUUGAAAUAGCAAAUUAUGAAAUCUUUGUGAAGCUCAGCUCCCUUCUGAAAUACACUAUUAGGGAUGAGCACUCUUGGGCGGCCUGUAUCAGAAAUGGUAACUGGAGCAAGUCUUGUUAGAGAUUUGUCCUGAGUUUUCCGGAGCUUUUCAGCUAGAUUUGACUUUACAGGAGGAGGAAUAUCAGGUUUACAAAGUCACAUGUCUGGCUUGGUGGAAAGGGUGAGGUUGAAGUUUGAGAUAUUGGGAUAGGGCUUGGAGCCGUAGCAGUUGGGUUUGAGGGUAAAGUUUUGCUUUUGGGAGAAUUUUUGUGAUUGGUUAGGGCUACAGAGGAAGGUGGAGGAGAGGAAGAAGCAACAUUUGAAGCUUUAUUAGAGAUGAUAGGAGAGGAAAAUUUUGGAGGAAGGACCUUUAAUUUCUCUAGGUCAAGGUGAACAGUGUUCUCAGAUCUUGCUUUGACAGGAGAUGAAAACACGGUUGAGGAGUUGGGUAAAGAAGUUUCAGUAACUGGAACAGCAGUUUAGUGUGGGGUAACGAGCAAGUGAUAGGGGAUUUUCAGGGUCAGGGUCGGGGGGUCAGGGGGGAUAAGGAUGCGGUUGUCACCAGCGGUGAGAAGCGGCGGAAAGAAGGCAGAAGCACUGUUCCCGGGGAACCAGGGGUUCUCCAUAACAGAGAGUUUAUUUCAGUUUUGAAACGUACUCUUAUGAAUGUUUCGUUUCACUCCUGUCUAGUACUAACUUCUUCCUGUAAUAUUUCGAUCUUCUAGAAAGGUUGAUCCUUUGCGUUUUGGUCUCUGGUAUCUGCUGUUAGAGUUGUAAGCAGAAACAGCUUCUCUAACUCGAGAGAGGAAGCUUUCUUCUCUUUUUGUAAUCUGCAGGAAGAGAUUGUGUUGUGUGUUCUUUGAUGUUUUUUUCUCUAAUUUUUGGAAACUUGACACACACGUCUUGAGUUCAGUUUACUGACCUAGCAAUUUAUUGCCUUGACCGUGGCAAUCUGAUGCAACGGCGAUUGAAACAUUUCUCCGCAUUUGUCUACAAAGAAUGGAAACAGAGCCCCACAAGCGAUGAUCUGACCUCUUUCCACAACCAUGAACAAAUCCAAAGCUGGUAGUGACUGCACUCAUAGAUCGAGUCUUUAACAGCAGACUGAUAGAACAGUAAGAUGCAGAGGAUAGGUAAGGGUUUUAGCCUCUUCAUCGGUUUCGAACCAAGAUCCCAGAUUCCUCUUAAGGGUUUGAUGAUAUGCACAUCACAGUGGACAAUGCGCGUAACAGUUAAUAUAGCACUGUAAGAACGAUAAAAAAACUAGGCUGAUACAUGAAUGAAGACCAAAAAAUUGGAUUUUUGUUUCGGUUUCCCCAAAAUGCUGCUCUCGCGUUAGGUGAAGUAACCUUACGGUUUUUGUUGUUAGGAGGGUCAUUAUAAGCAAUACUUCCAUCUCCAACAGUCUUUACUUAAUUAGCAGCAAUGUCGCUUUGUUGUGCCCGUUUUCUCACUAACAUACCUGUUUCUUUGGAGUGUCAAGAAACGAAUAAGAUGUCCACUCUCGUCAAGAACUGGACCGUCCUUUAUACAAAUGGGCUUAGCUGCUCCUAUAGCAAAAAAAUCCGAUCUACAUCUUUCUUCUUAACUUCACCUGUCGCUCCAAAAUCAACACCAUCAAUAACAAGAUAAUCAGUCAAAGAAACCGAAUAUGAUGAGACUCAAAAGUCGUAUGAAUAAACAAGGAAAGUAGAAGCCUCACUUUUGAUGCAAAGAAGUUACCAUUAUCAACCCUAACACUAAUUUCAUGUAAGCCACUACAAUCACCAUGCCUACGGAUAUUGAAAAUGGAAGGUCCAGGAUAUAGUGUUGACCUCAAGCAUCACUGAUAUGGCUCCAGCAGCUUCUUUAGCAGCCUGCAAAGAGGCUGCAUACGUUACUCUUUAACGUCCCACAUGUGUAGCAUCGCUUUCUGCAACUCACACACCUUUAGUCUCCUAGUAUAGAAUCGAACGUCCUGACAAAACUAGAGGCAAGGUUUGUUCAUAAUAGUGUUUUAUUAUAUUUGUAAGUUUUUUUGACCAAAGAAAAAGAAGAAUUGUAAGUUUAGGCAUAAAAAAGUUAUCUAAAUAAAUGGUUCUACUUGUUUCCACAUAGUCAAAUCCGAAAGAUAUAGGUAAGUAAUAAUAUUCUUAUCAUCACAAAAAUAACAAUAUAUUUCACGUGGACGGCUUGUUUAUUAUACUGGAUAAAAUUGAUCAAGUUGUUAUAGAAGGUUCCUGCUGAACACAUUAAGAACUCUAAAUCAAUUAAAUAUUGAGAACGCAUACGUUGAAAAUUUCCACUUUAUUCGCUUAUGACUAGAAAUAAACAAACCUCGCGGAAAAAAACAAUGUUCUUAAAAGUCAAACGUUAAUAAGAGUCAAAAACCAAAGGCUUGACCCGCACUGAAAAUGUUGCACAUGGAUCAUGAAAUGAAUCAUGAUAUAUAAAUAUCAACAACACUCAAACUUCACAUCCAGAAUUUUUGCUUAAUCCCAAAAGCUUUCAAAAACAAUAAUCAUAUUUAUAUGGAAAAUACAUCACAGGCGUUCAUGUCUCAGAGUUACCCUAAUUCUCAAGAAACCGCUAUACAGGCAACAAAAGAUUACCUAGCUUCACUCCAUUCGACCAGAAAGCAACCUUCAAAGCCCUUGAAGAGACCUAUAUCAUCGCCUUUGAACCCCAUGCAUCCACACGUUUACAGAGUCGAGCCAGUAAACUUCAAAGAGUUGGUUCAGCGUCUGACUGGUGCUCCUGAGCACGAGCCUGUGGCUAACCCGUUCAAGAGUUUGGAUGAUGCAGCAAAGGAUAGUUCUUCAUCCUUCCCGUUUGAUCUAUCAUCUUCAUCAUGGGGAGAUUUAUCACUUCGGAAUCCUGCAAAUAUCUCCGGAUGGUAGCUUAUAUUUUUUUAAUCUCCUUUUUCAAAAUAAAACAUUUUUUACUCUUGCAGAUGCUUCCUUUGAUUGAAAUGUAUCAACAAAGAAAAAACUAUACAAUAUUAAUAAAGAGGGUCCUUCAAAAAAUAUCAAUAAAGAAAAAUAUA